AUGCAAAGCUACCCACCACUUCUUCGAAGGCCUUUACCUCCAAAACUCCCUAAACUGCGUCUGUACAUUCCAAGGCGAGUUUAUAAAGCCAAGACUAGUAAAAUUAAACCAGCACAUGUAAAGAUCAUUCAUGACAAAACCACUUCCACUGAGAGAGAUAAAAGUCAUUUUCUUGAUGUUGUGUCAAGAAAUCAGUCACGGUCCCCUGUCAGUAUCCAAAAUAUCCCUCUUGACUAUGAUGUACAAGAAAGAGUGACUACUAUUUCAGUACCCAAAAAGUCUAAGAGGAUCUCUUGGAGCAUUCCAGAGACUGUUGCUACUGCUACUCCUGUUGCUACUGCUACUCCUGCUGCCUCUGCUCCUGCUGCCUCUGCUCCUGCUGCUGCUACUCCUGCUACUACUACGGCUGCUGCUACGACUGCUACUGCUAAGACUGCUGCUGCUAAGACUGCUGCUGCUAAGACUGCGGCUAUUACUACUAUACUUCCCCCAGCUAUUCAUUCAACUUCACCUAAAGUUUUUGGGCAAAGAACAAGACAAGUGGAAAGUUCAAGAAAAUCAAAAGAGCCACCAAUAUCAAAAAGUCUUUCUAUGAAGAAUGUGUUAAUGAGCCUGUUGGUUUUAUCUUCAGCUAAACCUGAAUCUUCAGAAGUGUCUACCUAUAUCACCACUCCCAAACACCAGAAACUUCAUGCUGAGCGUCAUUUAUCAGCAGAUGUAACAGAUGUCUUUAAGGAGCCUCUGACAGAUGCAAGGGCAACAGUGCCAAGUCCUUCAUCUGACACUAUACCAGCAAAACCAGAAAAAAACUGGUUUCAAAGGGGCAAACAAAAACAUACGGCACUACUAAAAAUGACUACUUUUUCAGGUUUCAUGAACAUACCAAGAGCAAAUAUGCAUAGAAAACCUCGAAAACAAUCUUUGCUAGAAAGUCAUGUAACAGAUGAAAAUGCCUCAAGACAACGCAGGUCAACCGAACAUGAAGGAAAUGAAACAUUGAUACAAUCCAUGCAUUCUGGGGGUUUUAAGACUGUUGCAGCAACACAAGAUGAAACAGUAGCAUCAAUGACCAACCUGGCCAUAGUAAACUGUAAAAUGCAUGAAAGAAAUGCACUUAGUCUUAAGGGUUUUUUUAUCACCAAUUGUCCAGACUUAACAAAUUUGGCUUUGCAACUGGUAUAUAUUGACUUGUCAUUUAAUCAUAUCUCUUCCUUUCCCACAGAAGUAUUUUGUCUUAAAAAUUUACAAGUACUUAUCCUGAGAAAUAAUCCUAUCAAAGAAAUCCCUUCUGCAAUUGAACAACUUAAGUUCCUUAGAAUUUUCAACAUAGCCUUUAAUUUUAUCACUACUCUUCCACCUGGGUUUUUUUCCCUGUCCUAUCUUGAGAAAGUUGAUGUUUCCUACAAUAGUAUUAGUUUUAUUCCAAAUGAAAUCCAGAAACUCAGAUCACUUAGAAAAUUAUCUGUUAGUGGGAAUGACUUGAGGAGUUUUCCACCAGGAAUACUGAUGCUUAACCUUAAAAAAAUUCUAUUUGAGAAUAAUUAUACUCAUCCAAUUUUUUGGAAAGAUGUGAUUUUGAAUAAUCCACAGAAACUUACUCAACUUACUGCUUUGUUGUUUUUAAAAAGUGAUCUUUUUAAAUAUUAUGGUGAGAUCCCAGAGGAAAUUCAAAUAUUACUAAAAUGCACAUCCAAAUGUGAAUGGUGUCUUGGUCCCAAGUUUGGUGAAGGUUUUCGUAUCAUCCUCUUCUAUGAUAUAUUUGGAGCUACAAAGCUUCCUGUUCUGUUCCAUGUCUGUUCUUCGUCAUGCUAUAGAAAAGUAAAAGAAAGUGUUUCUUUGAGAUAG